GUAGAAGCUGUGUGUGCGAGGUGGACGCCGCGGGCAGUGAGCGGGCGUCAUCGGUUUUUUUCUGUGUUGUGACGGCGCAAACCGGCGAGGCGACCAAUGAGUCAGCAGCAUCGGGUUUGUAGCGGAAACAAUGGCAGUUCCUGCGUUACAGCUGAGCGCAGCAUCCAGCCCGGGUCUGCUGGAGCACAGCAUUCACAUCAGAGACACUGAUCUGGGACGGAUUUCCACUGAAAAUGACACUGACACGCUGCCUUUACAUUCUCCCUGGACUUUCUGGCUCGAUAGAUCACUACCAGGAACGACAGCAGCUGAAUGUGAGUCCAACCUGAAGAAGAUUUACACGGUGGAGACAGUACAGAACUUUUGGAGGGUUUAUAACAACAUACCUGGCGUCUCCAACUUGCCCCUGAGAUGUAGCUAUCAUCUGAUGAGAGGAGAAAGAAAACCACUCUGGGAGGAGGAAAGCAAUGCUAAAGGUGGUGUUUGGAAAAUGAAAGUCCCUAAAGAUUGCACUUCUGCUGUGUGGAAAGAGCUGCUAUUGGCUACUAUUGGUGAACAGUUCAGUGAUUAUUGUCCGUCAGAUGACGAGGUGGUCGGCGUCAGCGUCAGCGUAAGAGACAGAGAAGACGUCGUGCAGGUCUGGAACGGAAAUGCUUCUUGUGCCAAUGAGUCGAAUAUCCUAGCAAGAAUCUAUGAGCUUCUCCCACAAAUUCCCUUCAAAGCAGUGUUUUAUAAGCCCCACGAGGAGCACCACGCUUUUGAAGGAGGCCGAGCAAGACAUUAGCCCGCGCUACGCACAAAAUUCUUGACAUACACACUUUUAUUUAGUUUCUGAGCUAAUGCUUUGGCAAUUUUUGAAGCGGUUUAGAUGCUUUGUGUGUCAUGCAUCAUCUUAAUUGAUUACCUCAAUGUAGCCUAGGUAUUAUGACUCAAAGUCAAUAAAACGUCACAUCCUCUAGGAGCUACAGUCAUUCAUAGCCAAAUAUUGUUUUAGUCUAAAGUGGAAAAAAAAAGAAAAAAAAAGCUGUUUAUUUCAUCUCUGGCUGUGUUUGUAGGUUUUUAUACUGCAUUAUUCCACACAACUGUAACCAAAACAGUAGAUCAUGUACAGUCAGAUUUUUUUAGAUGUGGAACAGCACACUUGUUGCGGUUUACUGAAACACCACACGUCUAAUUUUUAGGUUUAAAAAGAGGAAAGAAAAAAAAACAUUGUAGUGCUUUUAUAGUCACCUUCAUUCUCUCUCUUUGUAUGUAAUUUACAGCCAAAAUACUGUUGCCUGUACUGGAAAUGUAAAUUUUUAGUAAGCUGUAAGGGUAAUAUUUGAGCAGAGAAUUGCACAUUCUUUUUUUAUUUCCUUGUGUAGGAUAUGAGUGAAAGGUGGGAGAAAUAUAUUUUUCUUGUUACAAUAAAAUGACCUCACUGCACAAAACACCUUGAGUAGAUGCUGAGAAAUAUAUGCAAUCAUUUCUAUUCUGUUGAGUUUCUGACAAAUUUUGCUGUGUUAUUGUUGUCGUUGAGUUGGAGCCUCUCUGCCAUGAAUCAAGCACUUUCUUACUGGUUGUCUAAAGCAUUAGAUCGUCCAGCUGGGAUUCAGUUGUGACCCAUGAAACCAAAUACAAUUUGGUGUGGCGUCACCUUUUCUCAUGACAUGUAAGGCUGUUUUGUUUUUUUGUUUUUUUUGUUUUUUUUUUUUUGGUCCAUGUUUGCUCUAUCUGUCUGGACUUUAUGUAAUAAACAUAGCCUCAGAAAAAAAAUGGACACAAGAAAGAAAGAUGUAGCUGUUCUUACUCUCUAUAUUUGACACUUUGUGGAUGUUUGUUAAAGUGACAGUCAUAUUAGAAGGCCUUCCCUCUGUCAUUUUUUUGUUACUAUUGUUUUUGUCUUUUUUUUUAUGGUUUGUUAAAGCGACACCAAAAUUAAGUCUACAUUUUUCAAAAUGUAUCAAUCAUCUGAUGUGGAACAGGCUGUCUUUGUUUUUCUUGUGAUCAUAUUUACUAGUCAUUUAAACCUCACCAAAGGCGCCUUUCCUGUGUGUUUCUGUUUGUGGCUGAAACUGUAUUUUUGUUUUUCUUUCUUCAAUACGAGUACUGUAACACUUGAGGUCAUUUCUGAGGCGCUAUGCGGAAUGCAUUGAAACCCACAGAACAGCUGCUGUGAUUUUUCUUUUUCCCCCCAGUUUGAUGUUUGUGAUGCUAAAUGCUCCGCUCGCUGCUCAUUUUCUCUGCUUCAAUCAAUUUGAGUUACCUUCCACGCCACACACUUUGCCCAUCUUGCUUUAUUCCCCCUGUAUUGUGAGGCUGUUUAUAUAAUAAUGUUAAAGCACAUACUGUUAGAUAACAGAAUACCAACACUGUUCCCUCGCACACACUCUGCUGACUCCACAUCUCAGCUCAUGUAACUGAUUGUUGAUCUUGGAUGGUGCCUUGGGUUUUAUCAGCAGUUUACAAUGUUAAAGUCCUCUGUGUUCAGCAUGAUGAAAUUGCAUUUAGUCAAGUUUCUCUAUUUGAUUUACACGUGCUAAGAAUAAAAAAAUAAAGCCACUUA